AUGGAGGAGUCCAACGGCCUCACCUGGGCACCUGAGGCUGCCAGUGCUCAGUUUGAGGAAGAGAUGGCAGAAGCAGCCGCAGACGUGAAUGGAGACGUGUCAGAGGAAGCAGAGGACGCAGAGGGUCUUGCAUUAGAUGACAGUGGUAAGGAGGUCACUGCCAACCUCGCCUUCCUGUCCCUCUCGGCCACUCACUGCUCGCGGCCAUCCCACCUGGGUCUCAGCUCCUCUAUCUUCACAGUGGGCCUGGGCGUGGGCGUGAUGUCCUGGGGAAGCUGGAGCCGGGCAGGUAUCUACCAGCAAGUCACAAACCUCCUGGACAUCAUGGACAGUGAGUCAGCAAAGACAGACAUGGCUGGGGCAGGCCUCGACAUGCGGAAGACCCUGGCCUCAGUGAUCAUCACAGAGAAGGCCACCGCCGAGCCCUCUAUGGUGAUCUGCGCUCUUACCCGCUGCCUGAAGGUGCCAGAGAUCUCCACCCAGCGCAAGAUCAACAUUUACAACAUCCUCCAGGAGAUCAUCCAGCAGGAGGGGGAGCUGGAGGAGCCGUGUGUGCAGAGGCUGGUCUCCGUUGCCUCCAAGGAGAUGAGGGAGAUCUCCGAGGUGGAGGGCUACACAAAGGCAGAGGUGGCCAGUGACACGCUGGUGGCUCUGUCGCGGAACCACUUCAGCCUGGUCAUGUAUGAGCUGCAGCACCACCUCAAGCCCCUCCACCUCACGGACGAGUUUGUCGUCGUCACCUUGGCCAAGCUGGCCAAUGGCAACGUGUUUGAGUUCAUGCCAUACAUGGGCAUCACUCUGGCUACCAUAUUCACGAUGCUGAGGCUGGCCAACGAAGCCAAGAUGCGCCAGGUGAUAUGUAGCGCCAUGGAGACCUUCUGUGAGACGGUGCAGUUUUACCUGAGGCACCUGGAGGACAGCAUGUACCCCGUGAUGACCGAGGAGCAGUUUGCUCUGAAGCUGUUCCCCAUAUACCGCUACUUCGUGACCGUGUGGCUGAGGCACCACAACCCCGAGGUGAAGAUGGGGGUUGUCAAGUCCCUGAAGCCCAUGCUGAGCCUCCUCCUGCCCAACGAUGAUCUGCGGGAGCAGGUCUACGACUACAUCCCCCUGCUGCUGGCCGAGUACCAGGGCAAAGGCCACCUGCAACCAUUUGUCCAUCCAUUGCAGGUUUUGAGACAGAUUCUGGAAGUGUCGGUUGUCACCAACACCCCCAUCCCCCAAAUGCAGCUAAACCCCAUUUUCUCGGAGCUGCAUGUGCAGGUGUGCACCAAGGCCCCAGCCCAGCAUCAGUACAGCAGCCAGAACCUGAUGGAGAUUGUGCACUGCUUCAUAGCCCUCGCUCGCUCUUACCCCAAGGAGCUGAUGAAGUUCUUCUUCAGCCAGAUGGAGGUGGGUAAGGAGGCCAUCCGCGUGGGGACACUGACCCUGAUUCGGGCUGUGGUGAGCGCGGAAGACCCCAAAAUGAGUCUUAGGACCAUCUACUUGGCCAUUCGGGUGGUCAAGAACACCCUCUCUGAUGCACGGUCCAAGGUGAGGAUGGCUAUUCUCCGCAUCAUCGGCCAGUUGGCUCUGUCAGGCUACCAGGACCAGAUCAAAGGUUGGGGCCUGAAAUACGUGUCUGUGCAGCUGACCCUGUCCACCUACAAGCUGACAAAUCACUGGGACAACUUUUAUCAGAGGGACUUGGAGGAGAAGAUGGUCCACAAAGUCACCAUGGACACCGUGAAGAUCAUAACCUCUUCUGUCAGUGGCAUGACCAAUGAGUUCUGGGUACGGCUCCUGUGCUACAUCAUGGAGACAGACUACACGGAGGCCUUGACACCCAUCUGCAUCAGCCUCACGAACCUGGCCGAGCGCCAGCUCCACAGCAAGUACGCAGAAGCAAGCAUGAGUGGCAAGUGCAAACACGUGGACCUGCCUGCACCUCAGAAGCUGCUGGCCCGUCUCUUGGUGCUGAUGUCGUCACCCUACAAGGGGGAGGGCCGUGGGAUCGCUAUGCUGCAACUCCUGAGGACCCUGAGCCACAGCAUUGCGCCCACCAUGGCCAGUGUGUGGGAGCAGGAGAUCCCCCUGCUGAUCCGGUACCUGGAAGAACACACAGAGUUCACUUGGAAUCAGAAGGCCUGGGAAGACAAGCUCAUUCAGUUUCUGAGACUUUCCCUCAAGACAACGCAGGGGACCAGCUGGAGCCUGCGCCUGAGCAAGGAGCUGAACAACCAGAUCGGGAGCUUUGAUAGCCCCUCUUUGGAAAAGGGCUUUCUGUACCGGGCCUUGGGCUUCACCUUGGCCAUGGGGCUGGAGGCUGACAAGGUGGAGCUGCUGCUGCUGGAGCUGCUGUACAAGACCGACUACAGCAACGACUUUGACCAGGAGGGCGUGGUUCUAUGCUUUGGCCUGUGUGCCCGGGGCCAGGCGAGGACCGUGCUCAACGUGCUCCAAGACUUCGAGGACAGGAUCCAGGAGUCGGAGCAGUCCUGGCAGAUCAGUGCCUGGCGGAAAGACCACCCCUGGAGGCGGGAGACGGUGAAGAGUGCCCUCAUGGUGAUGUACGGCUGUGUGUCCUCUUACUGCCACCCCCAGAUGCUCCUCUCCCACGUGGACACCCCCAUCACGGCUAAGAUCAUUCACCACUACUCCAGCAGCUGCCAGGACAUCAGCCUCAAAAUGGCCUUCAUGAAGGGUGUUGUGCAGGUGACCAGGGCCAUCAGAAGCAUCAAGGACCAAGAGGACUUCCACUUUGCUCAGAAGCCAACGCUGACUCGCCUGGUGAUGGCGAUCCUCAAGGUGGAACCCACUGACCACCUGGCCUCUCCCGUGCGGACAAUGGCAAUGGACGCCCUCUCACACCUGAGCAAACUGCGGCCUUUCUACUCCAUAGAAGAAAGUAACGAGCUGAUGGAUAUCAGUUUACAUUCUGUCAUUUCUCUCCAACCCCCUGGAGAGGACAACGAGUCUAUUAAGACUCUGUAUGCCAACACGCUGAGGUCUCUGGAGCAGCUGAUGGAGAGCCUCAUGCAGAGGCAGCUGGACCCCCGGGGACUGCAGGAGAUGGUGCACCUCCUGGAGAAGUGGAUCUUGUCAGAGAAAGAAUGGGAACGGGAGAAGGCCACCAACCUCCACCUCCAUCUCAUGCAGAUCUACGUGCAAAGUGUCGGCGUCUGCAUUCCCCUGAAGCUGGGGCAGUUUGGCACACUGGUUGGACUCAUUGCCCCAUGCACCUGUGAUACCCACCAAAGAACACGCGUGGCCUCAACUAAUAUCCUGUCCAGCCUGCUAGAUCUUCACGCAAGCCAGACCUGCUCCUUAUGGGAUGCUGCCAAGGAGAAGGAGCUGGAGAAAUGCAAGGAGGACAUCCAGGAGGCAGACGCCGACAAGGUCUUCUGUGCCUCCUCCAGGAUUGCCAAGGUGGUCUGCAUGGAGUUUAACUGUGACGAGGUGGUCUCACUCAUCCAGAAACUCUGUGAGAACAUCGGGGCCCUGGACCUGCCGCACGACAAGGCUGCUGUCACCUGGAUAGGCACCUUCCUCCAGAUGCGGGCCAGGGAGCUGGAGGAUAAGGUGGCUGAGAUCCUGGGCGCCAUCCUGGUCCACCUGCCAGUGGUGGACCACCCGGAGGUGCGGCGCCUUCUCAUUGAAGACAUCCUCUUGCUGGCUCACUACCACCAGGAGACUGUGCUCACAUCACUCUUGAGGCAGCCCCUGCCCAUGGAGAGCCACCUGACGGAGGUGUGGCUGACUGUGGCACAGAAUGUGCCUUUUGCACGGACUAUGCUCCACAGCUUGAUGGGCCGCCUGCAGUCGCGGUUCACCCCCAGGGUAAACGCCACCUCCAAGGCUGACAUCUGGCGCCUGGCCGCAGUGGACCCCCUGAUGACCCUGUGCACCAUCCAUCUGCUCCUGGAGAAGCUGGACAGGGGGGACAAGCUCCGGGACCUGUUCCCUGACCUCAUCUACACCCUCCUGCUGCAGCUCAGCAGCAGCCUCAGGCCCAAGGCUGCCUCUCCUGUCCUGAAGACCUGGAGGCUGGUCCACACGGGGACCCUGCCCGAGGAGAUGAACCUAGAGAGGUGCUUGAGGGCAGGUGGGAUCACCAUCAAGUCCAUGCAGCUUUUGCUCAAGAGAAUCAACAACGAGCGCUUGCUGCACGCCCUGGAAGAGCAGUCUGUGUGGGCACUGCUGGAGGACAGCCUGACCUUCCUGGAGGGAGUGGGCCUGCUGGCCAGGCUGUGCACGCAGAACAUGGAGAGCUACAGGCUGAGGCUGUCGGAGCUGGUGCUCAGGGGCAUGGCCUCCGAAGUCCUGAGCUGCCGCGUCAGCAGCACGGCCGUCUGCGUGGAGGUGAGGCCCGUGUUCAUGAGCCACCCGAUCCUGUACCAGCAGAAGCUGCUGAGGCCGGCUGUGAUGAUGCUGGAGAAGGGUGCCGAGCAGGAGGAGGACGAGGCCCUGCGGGUGCUCUCCCUGCGCGCCCUGGGCAACAUGGCCCUUGGUGCCCCCAAGAAGGUGAAGCAGUAUCGGAAGCUCUUGCUGGAACAGUGCCUGGGCUCCCUGAGGGGUCCCGCCAGCAGCAGUGUGACUGUCGAGGGCAUGGAGACCCUGACCAAAAUCCUGGCUGAGCUCCGAGAAGGGGACAUGGGCUCCUCUUUCGAAGCCGUCUCUGAGCUGUGCAGAGUCUUUUUUGACAAUGAGAGCGAGCUGCUGCGGCUGAAGGCCUUCGUCCUCUUUGGGAAGCUGGCGAAGAUGGUGGGGAUCUCCAAGCAGCGUUUCUUCAAAGGGGAAGUGAAGAGGGCCUGGGUCCCCCUCCUGCUGCACUGCCAGGACCCCUGCUCCAGCACAGCCCACGCCUGCAGGGCCACCAUGUUUCGGUGCGUGCACUUCUGGGGCUGGAGGUCCCUGGAGAGCUCCUCGGGGCAAGGCCACACCAAAACCGACAAGGAGAUGACCGUUUUCCAGACAAGCAUGUGCUCCAUCCUGACUCAGAAAAAGCCUGCUGUUCUCUAUGGCUUCUUUCUGGAAACAAUGUCCUAUGUUAAAAAUGACUUGUUAAGGAUCAGAAUCGCUGCCUGCAAAUUGGCAGGGAUCAUAGUGAAGCAGUUGUCAGUUCACUAUCUGAAAAAGCUGGACUGGCAGGCCCUGCGGAAUUCUCUCCAAGAACUACAGCUGGAUUCGGAUCCCGGGGUCAGGAAGGCAGCGCUGGAGACGCUCAAGGUCUUGGACAGCUGUAGCCAGCACUGGCAACUGGCACUUGGCCUCCCCUGAGGGAAUGUGCUAAGGUUCCCACGGAACUGGAAGCUGCCUCCUUGGAGCAUGGAAUCCUCGCACAGCAAAGCAAACAGUUUAAAAUUUAGUUUUCAAGAUAAACCUUGUACUCAGUGUAUUUUCUUCUAUUGAAAUAAGCCCCCAUUGCCAUUUGGGGUGUGGACUCCAGACGGUGAGUUGUGGGGGUGCAACAGAAACUUCAACCCUAACGAGCCCUGUCUUUCUCACUUUCCCUGACACGGGUCAGACAGCCCCUCCACCCAAAAGGACCACACCGGGUGCUGCCCAGCGGCCAGGGAGGCUGGCUUGUCCAGCCUCUGCUCCCGGGGACCCCAGGCCUUUGGUGGGGUGUCCAGCUCGUGGUAGCACAGCACUGAGAGGAGGGCUGGGCCAGGGCGGAGUGCUGCAGCAGCCCUGGAGAGGACAUGAUCUUUAUCCCAGGCCCCCUCACUUGUCCUGUGGCCUGGGCUCGUCGAACGGGAGCCCAGUGAGGCCUGGAACGGAAUUUGGCCGGGGGUUGAAAAGGAGAAAUCAGCCCAGUGUCUGAGAAACACGGAGAGGGGAGAAGGGAGGAGAGUAAGGAGAGACUCUCCUGCGCUUGGGUGGUCAACAGAGUUGUCCCCAGAGCAGGCAAACAGGACUUCCACACCCACCCUUCAAGCCCCCGUUGAGCACUGCGGGGUGCACCACAGGUCAGCCGAGAGCCCAAAGGGCCAGCCCUUCCCUAUGGGCCUCUCUAGGACAGUGGUCUCCAGCUGUUCUGUAAGCAGAGCUGCUUUCCUUCCACCAAGUGAGGAAGCUGCUCACGAAUGGCAGAGAAGAAAAAGUAAAGGGCUGAGCUCUCGGACCAUGGUCAAGGGUAACUUCUGUACAAUAAAAUACAGGAAAAGGGGUGGGAGAAGUGACUUCCACGUCACAUCAAACUGGGCUGGUUCGUGUACUUGGAUCUAGAAUACUCCUGAAUCAAACCGAGGCAACACAGCAGUGUCCUGAGAGGGGUGGUGGAAAAGUCGGGACCCCAGGAAGACAAGCUCAACCCCAGGCCAUCAAGACAAAGCCAAGCCGACUGUGUGGUGCCAUAACUCACUGUCACCACUAACCUCAGAGGCUGUCAGUAUCUGUGGGCAGCAGUGACAUGGGGAAUGGGCCUCUCCUACCGCUGGACAGGUCACAAACUGGAAAGCCCCUUGGGAAGGCAAUCUGAGGAGACCAAGGCAUAGCCAUUCCUGAGUGUGCCUCUAGGUGUGUGCAGACAGGUUUGCAGUUGUGCACAAGGACCACAGGACCACAAGGCCGAGUCUUCCUGCAGGAGGCCGAUGGAGAGGCCAAUGCUCAGUCAGUUUUGUGUUACUAUCACGAAAUAACUGAGGCAGGCUAAAAAAAAAGUUUGACUCUGUUUUGGAGGUUCAAGGGCCGGGCACCAGCAUUAGCUGGGCUCUGGUGAGGAUCUCAUGGUGGAUAGAGUGUGUGGGAGGAAUGACAUCUUGAAAAGGGGAGGUCAGGUGGGAUCAGUCUCAGGGAAACCAGGGGCCCAUAAGAAAUUCCUUAAUCCUUGGAGGGCAGAACCCCAACUUGACCCAAGUACCUCCUGCUUGACCCCAUACCACUUCCAUUACCACCACCCUGGGGACAAUUCCAACCCCUGAUCCUUUGGGAGACACAUUUUAAGCCAUAGCACCCACGUCAGCUCUUGUCAAAUGGAAACUAUCACUUGGUGAAAAACGCUGCAGACGACACAAUAGUCAAUUAUGUGAGUGAAGGUUGAAAGCAGAGGCCACAUCUGCUUGUGGGUCCUGUGUUGGCUGAUGCUCUGAACUGGCUGACUCCCCCCCAAACCCCUUCUACUCCACCCUCCUCCCAGGGACAGAACGCUGACACCUGGCGGCCAGCCUGGCCCGGCCUGCAGAGCUCAGCAUGGCUGCUGUGCCUGAGGGGCCGAGGGCAAGUGAGGCCUGGGCGGUCCGGGUGAGGGCGAGUCUUCCUGAUGGAGGGGAGUGAGCUGUGUCCUCAGGAGCAGCAGACCUGAGGGAAAGGUCUGGGACUGUGGAGGCCAGCCUGCCCUGGCCGAGCCUGCACCAGCACUGCUGCCAGCCUGCUCUGAGGGAAAGGGGAGCCUCCCGUGAGGGGCCAGGUAUCAGCCACACGCAGUGCCGGCCACCUGCACUGGUUCAGUGCUGUGGACCAACCCGACCCUCCAACCCAGACGGUGAGGGUGUGUGGACAUGGGACUUGGGGAGGUAAUGAGGCUUGGGUGAGUCACGGGGUGGGGGGGGGCAGAAUGGUAAGUCCUCAUAAGAGACAGCAGAGACCUCUCUUCCUGCCCCCAACAAUGGGCCAGGGCGUCCUCACCAGAACCUGGAUGUGUUGGCACCCUGCCCUGGACUUCAUCUCCAGAUGGCAAAAUACACCCGUUGUCUAAGCUGCCCAGCCCAAGACGACAAGCGCAGUGUGCAUGCGGUCCCAGCUGAAGACAGGCGUGGAAAAGAGACACGGCAAUGUGAGGAUCAUCAGUGAGCGGGGACAGGAAGGAAAGG